AUGACAACGGGAUUGAAAGCUCCAGGACCACUCCAGCUAGAAAGCAACAUUCACGAGAACUACAAGAACUGGCUCAGAGCAUACGCAUACGGCAUAUACGCAAUUGCUAGUGGUGUCACGACAAAAAACGAGAAGGUACAGUGCAACGUAUUUCUUCAUGUCGCCGGAUAUGCCGCACAAGAAAAGAACCCAGGUGAAAUAUUCGAUACAUUUUUCACUGAAUUGCGUCAGAAAGUCAAAGACUGUGAAUACAACACGUUGAAAAAUUCAUUACUAUGUGACCGUGUCGUUUGUGGUAUUCGUAAUGAGAGUGUGCGUGAGAAACUGCUCCAGACUGAAGAUUUAACUCUCGAGAAAGCUGUGAAUAUUUGUUGUUUGAGUGAAAUCAGCGCGUCGCAGUUGAAAACGCCUGAAGCCAGUGUGCAUGCAGUAAAACAAAAUGGCCGAUUCUACCGACAUCGCGCCCAGCGUCCCGUCAAAACCAGAUUUCAAGAUAAUGAUGAAAAAUCAAUCGCUCGUGACAGCAAGAAGUGUGGACAUUGUGGUGGUCCUUUCCAUGCAAAUAGAGCCAAGUGUCCAGCGUAUGGGAAAGAGUGUUUAUACUGUCACAAAUUAGGGCAUUUUAGAUCAGUUUGCAAAUCUCGCUCUAGAUUCAACAAACGCAAAUCGUUCUCUCACAAAGUGAAUGACAUUGACACAUCACAUCUAAGUAACAGUGAUGAUGACAUAGCAGGUGUUCAGUUAUUUAUGGACGAGUCUAUACAACACAGUACAGAUCCACCUCGCCGUAUUCCUUACGCUAUUCGCAAUCAAGUCAAAGCAGAGCUAGAUCGCAUGCAAGAGAUAGGUGUGAUAGUGCAAGAAACUGAACCAACUCCUUGGGUGAACAUGCUUGACAACGAGUGGGGCAUGUGGCAAUCGUGGUCAGAUUGUUCAGUGAGCUGCAACGCGGGAUAUCAGACAAAAACUCGGAAAUGUGAACGCAAAGCAGGUGGAGGCGACGACUGUGAUGGCGCCAGUAUUGAAUAUCGGAAAUGUGAGACUCAACUUUGUCCAUUGUGGUCCACGUGGAGUUGGUCGCCAUGCACUCCAAGAAAAAAUGGAAUCACUGUCUUUGACGGAACACGUACCAGACAACGGGAAUGUCUUGGCGGUAAACCCAACGUUGACAAAGGCUGUAUCGGCAACACGGAGGAAACAGUGGAAUGUCAUGUACGAUACUACGAAUCUAUCCGUCUAGUCGGUUCAUCGGUACUGGGACAAGGCCGUGUGGAAGUGUACAGCGAAGACGCUGGUUUGUGGGGCACGAUAUGCGAUGAUUACUGGAGCAUACAAAAUACGGAUGUUGUCUGUAGGGAGUUAGGUCUCGGGAAGGCAUUAUAUGGUCCAGGAAAUUUUAUAAUAACUCCUGAGUACAGACGGCCUAUUCUGAUAACUGAUGUACACUGUACCGGCAAUGAGACGUCUCUCGCCUACUGUUCCUAUGGCAACGCAUUGGAUGCGCACGUGUGUACGAAUCAACAAGAUGUAGUAGUGUUUUGCGCUGUAGAUGGUGGUUGGGGAAAAUGGUCGGCGUGGAGUGAUAAUCUCGUGGAUUGUGGAUGGGGUAAUCGUACAAGAACCCGACUAUGUGACAACCCACUACCCCAGGAUGGGGGAAUGCCAUGUAUUGGCAAUGACAUGGAAUCGAUACAGAGUCGAAACUGGGCUGGUUUUUGUGAUUGCAGCGAUCUUGGCAUGAUAGAACACGGUAACGUAUCUGGAGGUAUUGCUCACGGUGAUAGACGCAACUUUCAAUGCGAUGAUGGUUAUACGUUGGUUGUCGAAAUAACAGCACAGUGGAAAGAUGCCUAUCCAAUCGAUCCUAUUAUAACAACGCCAAGUACUGAUUUAUCUACAUUGGAUACCACAAGCUGCAUCAGACCGGAGGAUAACAAUGGGAUUUUCAGUGGACCGCAAAUUGUUGCCCAUAAACAAAACACAACGCUCACUUGUAAUCCAAUGUACGAGACAGAGACAUCUGUCUUACAGUGCUUUGAUGGCGUAUGGAAAGGGGAAAUGAGCAAAACACGAUGCAUGAAAAGCUGCACACGGCCGACUGAUGACAAUGGUGUAUACAGUGGACCACGAACUGUUACUCAUAAAGGAACAACAACACUUACAUGUAAUCCACAUUUUUCAACUGAGAAAUCUAGCUUGCAAUGCAAGAAUGGAGUAUGGAAGGGGAAGCUGAAACAAGUAAUAUGUCAGACUAUAUGCGAAGUCUACAUGGAACGUCCACAAACCAAGAACACGUACUGUUUAAUGAACAAGGCAAUGAAAUGGGGAGAUGCAUCCACGUACUGUGGCGAUAGAGGCGGACACUUACUUACCAUAAACGGAAAGAAGGAACAGAAUUUCAUAAUGGGACAUUUCACAGCAAACGUACAUGCGCCAUAUUGGAUUAGUCUAAAUGAUUUAGAGGAGGAAGGUCAAUUCGCGUGGCAUGGAUCUAUAAAGUUGGGCAAAUAUAAUAACUGGAAAACUAAACCGAAGAUUGAUAAAAGUAAAAACUGUGUACAAAUAAAUAUCGGUGGAAAAUGGCAGAAUAAUGGUUGCAAAAAUGAGAUCAAUUUGAUUUGUGAAAAUGAAGCUACCUAA